ACGCACAGGCACUUCCUUCGUGCCUCGUAGAAGGAGAUGCUGGAAGUGCCUGUUUGUGCAGCCGCCGCUGCCGCCAGCCUACGUCACAGGGAGGCGGCUGAGGAGGGGGGCCUGCUAACUUAAAAGUCCCUCGAACUCCGAUCGCUCCGUCCCCCUUCUUACCCGCUUCUUUUCCGCCUGCUCUCUCGCCUCCUCCUCCGCUUCGCUUCCCACCCUCCUUUGAGGCGGGCCCCGUGUGCGCCCACCGUGCCCCUUUCUACUCAACGCCCGGAGCUGGCUACCCCUUGUCGCCUCCAUGCAUCCUGCCCUUUACACCCGGGCCAGCAUGAUACGCGAGAUCGCCGCGGCCGUGGGCUUCAUCUCCAAGUUCCUGCGCACCAAGGGGCUGAUGAACGAGCGGCAGCUGCAGACGUUCAGCCAGAGCCUGCAGGAGCUGCUGGCAGAACACUAUAAACACCACUGGUUCCCUGAAAAGCCAUGCAAAGGAUCGGGCUAUCGCUGCAUCCGGAUCAACCAUAAAAUGGAUCCCUUGAUUGGGCAGGCAGCACAACGAAUUGGACUCAGCGGCCAAGAACUGUUCCGGCUUCUUCCAAGUGAACUCACUCUCUGGGUCGACCCUUACGAGGUAUCCUAUCGCAUCGGAGAGGAUGGCUCAAUCUGUGUGCUGUAUGAAGCCACGCCAGCAGGAGCUAGCCAAAACGGCACCAGCAUGCAAAUGGUAGACAGCAGAAUAAGCUGUAAGGAAGAACUCCUCUUGGGCAGAACCAGUCCCUCCAAGAGCUACAAUAUGAUGACUGUAUCAGGUUAAAUAAUAGCCUAUGGAUGGAUCAUCUUAUAAUGGAUGGAUAAAAUUUGGUUUUUACUUUGGGUGGGCUCCUCUGGGGAUGGAUUAUGGAAUUUAAACCAUGUCACACCUGUGAAGACCUGGCACAAGAUAGAAUGGUAAACUUUUAUUUUAUAGUGGCAGUGCCAUAGUUUUGACAGUACCUUUCAGUGAUUUAAAUAGCCUGUGAGUAAAGAUGAUUGCUUUAUUUCCUAAGGUGUGAAGUUGUCCAAGGAAGGCUGCAGUUUUCUCCCAGAUGUCUUGCUUAAUUUUUUUC